AAUCAUUACAUCCACUACUAUCCAGCCACCAGUUGUCGCGAGUCCCUGUGCGGUGUAACGUGCACGUAGGACGCUUAGAACGUCAACAACUGCGGCAGCAGCACUUGGGUGCUAACGUUUUUGUUUACGAAUUUAUCUUCGACAGCAAAAAAAGGGGUAGGUAUAGUCGUGAGAGUGUGUUAAUACCGAUCUCUCACUCGAACCGGUCCACGUCGAUUCGAUAAUUUCGUCAUCGUUCGCUGGUCGUCAAACCAUUUUUUAUUGGGAGUUUGAAUUGAGAAAUCCGCCGCAACAUGGCGACACGUAUAUCCAUUAUAGUGUUUGCAACACUAUUGGCUUACGUAUGCAAUACAAGUGCCAUUCUGUCUGAACAGCUUGACUGUCCAGAAGAUUGCGAUUGUCAUUUCUUCAGAAUUAACUGGGUGACAGACUGUUCGGAAAGUAACUUGACAGCCAUGCCAUAUGAAGGUCUCGACGGCAAUGUCUACGUACUUAAUAUGAACGGAAAUCUCCUAAAAGAAAUCGAACCGUUCCCGGCCGACAUCAAACUUAGGACGUUACAGUUGUCUGAAAACUUUUUAACGAAAAUUCAAAAAACAACGUUUGCUGGACUCCAUUAUCUGUUGGAUAUAGAUUUGUCAUCUAACUUGAUCAAUUAUGUUGAUCCUGAAGCAUUUGUGGAUAGCGCUGGAUUAAUUACGUUAGAAUUACAAGGAAAUCCAUUGGAACAAGUUGAAGGUCCAUUCUUAUACUCAAAGUCUUUGCUGUACUUGUACCUGGCAAAUAGUCAUCUAACAAAACUAUCACCACAGUUUUUCGCCAAUAUCAGUGGUCUAGACAAACUUGAUAUUUCUGGGAACCCUCUUCAUAUUAUUGAACCGGGCAUAUUUGAUCCUCUUACUAGUUUAAAACAUUUAAUUCUUAAUAACUGCAAUCUUACACACAUAUCGAGCGUAGCAUUUAGUAGUCUUGGGCACCUUACGGUAUUGGAAUUGGCUGGAAAUAGUCUAAAAAGCCACGUUGACUGGACUUUAAUACUGGGUAAUUUAGGAAGAUUGGAACAUCUUGAUUUAAGACAGUCGGGUGUAUCAAAUUUACCAGAAAAUGUGUUCUUCAAUAAUACUUGGCUAAGAGGUUUGGUGUUGGCUGAAAAUGAAUUAUCUGAUCUCGACGUGGCUACUACUUUAGGUCACAAUUUAGUUCAUUUAGAUUUUCUUGACCUCAGUUACUGUCAUUUAAAAGGACCUUUGUCUGAGGAUGCUUUCGCUAAUGCUACGAAAUUGCGUACCCUCAUAUUAUCUGGAAACCAUUUAUCAGCAGCAGACCUGGCAGUAGCUUUAUCACCUUUAUUAAAACUAGUAAAACUUUCAUUAAGAGACUGUGGAUUGACACGGUUGCCUGCUAACACAUUCCACAAAUUUACUAGCUUACAAGAAUUGGACAUAUCAAGAAAUCCUUUGAACAAUGCCUUUACAGCACUUUUAUCUCCAUUGGAAUCAUUGGAACAUUUAGAUAUGGGUUAUAGCAACUUGCAAAGAAUAUCAAGAACGACUUUCUUAAAAAUGUCAGCUUUAAAAACUCUUAUUUUGUCUGGAAAUAAACUUAAAAGUCUCGAAUCAGGGUUAUUCCAAAAUCUUACACGUUUAGAAGUAUUAGAGUUGAAUAAUUGUGGACUUAGCCGUCUAAAUGAUACUGUGUUCUACGAUAACUUCACAUAUCCAGACUUGGAAGAGUUAAGACUUUCGGGAAAUCCUCUUCAAGUUCCCGAAGAAGGGCCAAUACUACCGCCCCAAUUAUCUGGUUUAAAGAAUUUGGACAUGAGUAAAUGCAAUUUGAGUUAUUUACCCGUCGACGCUUUCAUAACAACGCCAAACAUUAGUCAGUUGCUGUUGAACGAUAAUAAAUUAAAGAGUGACGAAGAAGGGUCUAUGAAGUUCUUAGAAUCACUGACUGGGUUGGAACAAUUAGACCUGAGUUUCAAUAAUAUAACGGCAAUUAAACCCGAUAAAUUCGGAUAUAACCAUCAACUUAUGUCGUUACGCCUGGUUGGUAACCCUUGGAAAUGCGACUGUUAUGUUGUGGAUAUGUGGGAAUGGGCUGCAUCGUCUAAAGGAAAUAUAGGCGUGUUGGUUGGUUCUACGAAAUCAAUUGCUUCUAAUGUAAACAAUAAAAAGACCAAAGGAUUGGUGUGUAAUUUCGAUCCUAAGAGCACGCCCAUUAAGGAAGCUAAACUAAGAAGACCCGGAAGAGAACUCACAUCUAGUGUGCAACGCACGUGGGCCAGGUAUGUGCGCGAGGCGAAUUGUCCACACAGUCCUGUGGCAGCAAGACCAGCCAGAAUCGUUACUAGAGAAAUUCACGAGUACCAGCCGAUGUUGUCGGAAAUUGAAAAAGAAACAGAAAAUAAAUGGUUACCUCUUAUAAGUUUCUGUGCUGUUUUGUUGUUGGUUUCAGUAGUGAUGAUGAGUGUUUUAAUAAAACGUAAGGAAAACCCAACAAAGAAAGAUAAAGACAUUUCAUGUGAUUAUUCACAAGAAGACAAUGAUGUGGUGCAAUUUAAAGGAACUAAAAAUGUAUCCCGUAGAACUAUUAAAUGACAAACUUGUACUAGAUAAACUAAAUUCCAUUUAUUACCUACAGUUUGUAAGUCUUAAGCAAAUAUUAAUUUCAUUAUUAUUAUAAUUUUUAUUUUUUAGUAAUCAAGCACGUUUUACCACGUUCUACGUACCAAACAAAACAUUAUAAAAUUUAAUAAAUGUAUACUUGGAAUUUUGGAACUUUAUCAUUCUUUGUAAUAUGUUUAGAAUAUUAUCCAAUGUUUGUUUUCCUAGCAGAAAAGUUCCUAAUGGUAGUUGGUUGUCAGUGGUGUUGGAUACAGUCAAUCAAAAGCAAUGUUUCUCACUUUUAUAUUUUCAUUCCUAAUGCAAGGUCAUUCAGUGCAGGGUAAUAGUAAACUUGCACAUUUUUAAAUGAACAAUAGACUAGGUACUAGUCGAGUUUCACUGUUUAUUUUAUUAUAAUUAUUACUCGGAUUGACUGAUCAAAUAUAUAUUGUAUAUUCUAGUUAUAAGCUUUUAAUGUAUUAUGUAUGCACGCUCUCUGUAAAGCAAUGCCAGACCAUAGAUUAUGAUUUUAGUCUUCGACCGUAUAUUAUAAUCACGGCUUAGGAUUAUACGCAUUAUAUUACUAUUUAUAAAAUAUAAUAAUUAUAUUAUAGAUUACCAACCUAAUAUAAUUGGCUAAGAUUAUUUAGAUGUAGAAAAAUAAAUAUUCAUUAUUCUUGUUAUGAUAAAUGUAUCUAUUAAAUGAAAUGUAUAUCUUA